CACCAGUUGAGUAGUCCUUGACUUACGACCGGUUGAAUAGUUCUCAACUUAUGACCGGUUAGGGGUCGCGGCAUUAAAAAGGUUGAGAACCACUGCUCUAGAGUCUAGGUCUAGGAAUAUAAUUCCAGUGGCAGAAUGAGAUUUUAACUUUAAUUCUUAGCACAGGAUCAUAGCCACACAACCAUGGAAAGGUGCAUGAAUUUUGUGGGUGACUUAACAGGUGGUGGUGAAUAAUCUACCACGUGACUCAAAAUUACAAGCGAUUGCUGCUGCAAGGUAUUGCUGCUGCAAGGACACGAGCUGAGUGCAAGCUGAGAUCUUAAGAAGGGGACAAGGCAGAGAGACUAUUCCAGAAGACUGCAGAACUAACCUAAUGUACUUUAGGGAUAGGCAAUGUAGUACUUAGCAGAUACUUAAGACUACAGUACUAACAAUCCCCUGUCUUUAAUUGUAUUAAUUGAGGCUAUUGGAGAGGAAAUUCAAGACACCAUGCAUGCUAUAGGCUAGUGCAGUAGUUAGACAAUUGGACAAGACAGACCCAGAUGAAACUCUAUUUAGUCAUGAAGUUGUCGGACUGAGUUUUAGUUUGAACUAAUCACUAUCUCUCUUAGGUAACAAUGAUUUCAGCACCACAACAGCAAUCACAGAUGUUAACUUUUACCUUUCUAUCAGCUGCCUGCUUUCUAGAACAGGGGUCCCCCACUGGGCCGUGGACUGGUACCGGGCCGUGGCAUGCCACCAACUGAUCCACACAAACAAGCAAAGCCCCAUCUGCGGGAUGCAAGCAGCACACAAAACCACACACUCUCCGGUCUUUCCAUGAUGCCCAAAAGAUUCACCAAGGUGAGGCAUUGAUUGUCUGUCUUGUUGAAAUCGGCCCUUAACAUAUGUAGCUGCCCAAGUAUGAGUUUGGAAAGCACAGCUUCUUAUCAUCAUAAUGGCAGAGCAACUAGCUGGUAAAACAAAAAUCACACACAAAGGUACAGCAGGAGGAGAUUCACUGUCCUUCGUAAACUUACUGAAAGUCCAUAGAGAAUUGCUAGUCAAUCGAAUCCGCAACACCCAGUGUUUGAUUGACAACUUGAUUAAGAAUGACUAUUUCUCCAUAGAAGAUGCAGAGAUUGCUGCACAGUAUUCUACACAAGCAGACAAGGUCCGUAAAAUUCUGGAUCUAGCCCAGAGUAAAGGUGAGGAAGUUGCAGAGUAUUGCCUGUAUGUCCUGCAACAAGCUGAUGAUGCUUACUAUGACUUACAUCCCUGGUUGGAGGAGAUUGGCUUCCACCCAUCAGAAGUCAUUUGUAGCAAAGCUGUGGAAAAUACUGACCCAGUCAGCAGAUAUCAGCAGAAACUUAAAGAUGAAUUGGGUCGAGAAACAAAGUUCGUCAUGUCAUAUGCCCAAAAGGAGGACAUGUUGCUUGAAGAAAUAUAUUCUGCCAAUAUUAUGGAGUUUCUCAGUCACAAAAAUGAGAAACUCAGUAAUGUGCAUGCCUUAGAAGAUCUACUUACUGACAGUUUUGGGCUGAUCAAUGAAAAUGGAGAGACCAUCUAUGUCUUUGGGGAUGCUGGGAUUGGAAAGUCCAUGUUACUGCAAAAGAUGCAAAAUCUCUGGUCCAAGAAUGCCUUUGACAUAGGGGCCAAAUUCUUCUUCCGUUUCCGAUGCCGAAUGUUCAGCUGCUUUAAGCAAGAAGAAGCCUUUUGUUUAAAGGAUCUUCUCUUCAAGUAUAACUGUUUCCCAGAUCAGGAUCAAGAGGAAGUUUUUGACUUCAUUGUAAAAUUCCCUCAUACUGUCUUGUUUACAUUUGAUGGUUUUGAUGAAAUUCAUUCUGAUUUUGAUCUCAGUAGUAUUCCUGAAAUCUGCUCUCCCAUUGAAUCUAUUCACCCACUUGCUCUUCUGGUGGGCCUCCUCAGUGGAAAGCUUUUGAAGGGAUCUAGAAAAAUUCUGACAGCCAGGACAGGGACAGAAAUUGAUAAAAACAUUGUUCGGAAGAAAGUACAUCUCCGAGGGUUUUCCAAUAGUAACCUGAAAGACUAUACUAAAAUGUUCUUCAAAGAUGAAGGAUGUCAAACUUUAGUUCUGAAUCAACUGGAAGCCAACCCAAAUCUAAGCAGUUUGUGUUCAGUGCCAUUGUUUUGCUGGAUUAUCUUCAAAUGUUUUGAACAUUUCCACUCUGCGUUUGAUAGCCAUGAACUCCCAGACUUUACUGUCACUCUAACGGACAUUUUCUUGCUUAUGACUGAAGUCCACCUGAAUCGUAUUCAGAAGACAAAUUUGCUAAAGAAGAACAACAGAAGCCAAGAAGAAACAUACAGGUCGAAUAAAGAGAAAUUGUUUGCACUGAGUAAAAUAGCCUACGUGGGGAUGCAGAAAUCUCUCUUUGUCUUUGAGCAAGAGGAAGUCCUCAGCAACCUCCUUGAGCAGGAUUUACAUUUAGGAUUUCUCAGGGCAGUUCCUAAUUAUGAAGAUAAUAUAGACCAAUCUUCCUAUGAAUUCCUGCACUUGACGUUGCAGUCAUUUUUUGCAGCUUUUUAUCUGGUAACAGAUGAGAAAGUGGGGGCCAGGGAUUUGCUGCAGUUCUUUGCUGAAUGCUCCAUGCGAGACACUACUGUAUCUUCAUGCUUGCCUCUUUCCUGGUCAAAACAUUACCACCCAACAGGAGGAGAUCCUUUCCGAAAUAAAGAGCAUUUUCAUUUUACUAAUCUCUUCUUGUGUGGCUUGCUUUCCAAGGCAAGGCAGAAACUCUUGAGGCAUCUGAUUCCUCUGAGGACAGUCAAGAAGAAACGGAGGAUUCUUCUGGCCUAUUUUUUUGAAAGCAUGAAGUCUCAUCUGAAGGGUCUCUCUCGGGCAAGGCUGAAAGAAUACAAACAGGUGCAAGUAAUGCCAAACUUUGUUUGGAUGCUGAGAUGCAUCUAUGAAACUCAGAGUGAGAAAGUUGGUAAAGGGGUUGCCAAAUGCAUGCGUGCCAAUUACAUCAAGCUGACUUACUGCAAUGCCUACUCUGCUGACUGUAGUGCCAUUUCCUUUGUUAUGCAUCAUUUCCAGAAACACUUGGCCCUUGAUCUGGACAAUAACAACAUCAAUGAUUAUGGAAUUAAGCAACUGCAACCUUGCUUUAGCCAUCUGGCAGUACUCAGGGUGAGUGUGAACCAAAUCACAGAUCAAGGUGUGAGAGUGCUUUACGAGGAGCUCUCCAAAUUCAAAAUUGUAUCUUAUUUGGGCUUAUAUAACAACCAGAUUACUGAUAUUGGAGCAAAAUAUGUGGCAAGACUCAUUGAGGAAUGUCCAAGCCUCAUCUAUGUUAAGAUAGGAGCAAACAAAAUAACAACCGAGGGAGGGAAAAGUCUUGCUUAUGCCAUCAAGAAAAGUAAAACUAUGCAUGAAAUUGGAAUGUGGGGUAACAAGAUUGGAGAUGAAGGAGCAAAGGCUUUUGCAGAGGCAUUGAGAAAUCACCCCACUUUAACCAAUAUCAGUCUUGCCUUUAACGGCAUCACUACAGAAGGAGGUAAAAGCCUUGCAGAAGCGAUGAAACACAACAAUGGUGUAAAUAUAUUUUGGCUAACAAAAAAUGAGUUGGAUGAUGAAGCAGCUGAGAGUUUUGCUGAAAUGGUAAAGGUUAACAAGAGAUUGGGCCAUCUGUGGCUUAUACAGAAUCAGAUUACAAUUCGAGGAGCCAAGAGUUUAGCUGAUGCUCUCCAGGACAAUACAGCUCUCAAAGAAAUCUGCUUAAACGGAAAUCCAAUAAGUCAAGAGGAGGCCAAAGUCUUUGAAAAUGAAAAGAGACUCAUUGGCUUCUGAGAAACGUUUUCCAGGUUUGAUGGUAAUUGUCAUGCCAGGACAAGUAUAGUUUUGGCAGUGCUCAGAACAAUGCCAGCAUCCUGAGCAAAAUGGACCUAACACUUGAACAAAAAGAUGGGCCCUCUGUGCAUGUCUUGAGACUGAUGUUUGAAAGGAGGAUUUUGCCUUAGUAAUUAACCUGUUCUAUCCUAACAACAUUUGUGUUGGGAGCAGGCUUGGAGAUACAUCAGCAGAAACCUGGUUCAGAAAACAACCCUUAAAGCAGCAGCCCCCAAUCUUUCAGGCACUAGGGACCGGUUCUGGGGAGAAAGGCUUUUCCGCGAACUGGAGAGGGUGUGGUUUCAUGUGCUGCCUGCAUCACUUGUUUGCAUGGAUCGAUUGCUGGUAUGCCACGGACUGGUGCUGGUCCAUAGACCGGAAGUUGGGGACCCCUGCCUUAAAGGACACUGAAACUGGAGGAUCAGAACUGAAGGAACCUGCAACUCAUCUGAAAAAAAAAAUCUGUCAGCUUGUCUGCCUUACUUCACCCUCCCUCAAAUGUUUGCCCCAUAUUUUUUGUUUUUGCUGGGAGGAAGAUAUUUGGGUGCUGCGGUUGCUGCAGAAUUAAAUCCUCCAGUGAAUCCCUUUCUCUUAAUGAGACAUAGCAAAUUGCCUUCAGUCAGUCUUGCCUUUGAUGCCAACCAUGAUGCUUUUGACUGGUGCAAAGAAACAUGGCAAGAUGGAUUUCUCCAUGACCUAUUGCAGGUAUUAGUUCUUAAGGCUUAGACCUGAUUUUGCACUACCACCCCUUUUAAGGGUAUGGGGAGUUUUGAGCAGAAUUGCAUUUCACAAAGGUUGUGGUGAAGAACAAAUUUGUACAAAGUUAUCCAAAGUUACUGGCUUCAAAGUCAUGGGUAAAGCUUUUUUAUGUGACCUAAAUGAGAUAAACAGUUUAGAAAUGUGUUAACUGUACUAAAGGGGGCAGGGUUAGGGUUUGAUCAUCAGUUAACUUGCCAUUUUGAAGCCAGGAACCAUCCCUGUGACCAUCCCUUGUUUUGCUACUAGCUCACUUGGAACUUCUGCCAAUUUACUCCUAGAUCUUAGAGAGAAGAGAGGAAAUGCAUCCAACAUGCUCACAUAAGUGGUCCUUAAUUUAUCCAGUGGUUUAGUCAAAUGUUUGGGUUAGUGUUACAGAAUGUUAAAUAUAUUUUGUUCGUAAAAAAUUCUCUGUUUAGUGUUUUGAUUAUCUGAGGAUAUUUAAUAAGGGCUGAACCUCAGCCUCAAUAUGUUGGAAGAGAAGUAUGAUACAAAUGAGAUAUUUGGGGGAUGCUCCAUUGUGGUAUCUUUUUGUUCCAGUAUUGAUACAUUCAUUAUUAGGGGGUUGGAAAUAGAAAUAAAAAAAUAUGAAAGAUUGAACAAUAUAAUAGUAAUUUUGAAUUUAAUUUGGUAUAUGAAGAAUUCUGCAUUUGUAUAUGGACUAUAGCUAAAAAUGUUUUACUUUGAUGGAAAUAUAGUUUAUGUUACAGCUUUUUGCAUAUUCAUUUGUUUCUCAUGUGGCGGAAUGCCACCAAUCAAGGUUCAAUUUAUUGAAAGAAUUAUUUUCUUUAUUAAAAUAUUUCAUUUUCUGCUUCC